AGGAUUUAUUAUUUUUCUACUUGUUUAAAACAAAAUGAACGUUUGUAAAAUAUUAUUUAUAAGAGCACAGAUUUAAAAGGUUAACUACUACCUGAUCGGUAGCAUUUGAUGCACGUGUUUAUAUUGCUUGCAUUUUCAAAAUGUGGCUCCCUAAGCAAUUUGUUAGACAACAAUUUUAUAGAAAAACUUUGCUUAAAAAACUAUCCACUCAAUGUGAUGUAAAUGCAAUACAACAUGUACCAGAACCAGAAUAUAAUAUUGAUUUUAUAUGUAAUCCAGCCAAUAGAGAUAUUAUUUUUAAUAAUAUAAAACUAAGGAAAGGUAUGGGCGAUAUUGACAAAGUACUCGAGUUUUCAAACAAACCCGAACUAAGAGAUUCUCUAAUGCACGAGUUAAAUAGAAUACCAAAUCAAACCCAUCCAGCGGUUUUAGCUUAUGAUAAAGAACCACAGUUGUUAAAAGAACAUGGACAAAAGCCAGAAUUUGAUUUUAAACCACAGGAGUUUUCAAAGUUAGUUACAGGCUUACAGGCCUUGAGGAGUCAGUAUUUGGGUCCUUUAAUAGGGCAACGAGGAUACAUGCUUGUAGGAGAUUUGGCUGAUUUGGAGGAGGCGUUGAUUCAUUAUACAGUGAAGAAGUUGAUGAAACAUGGUUUUAAGCUUGUCUCUGUACCAGAUAUUAUCCCUACAGAAGUUAUUGAAAGAUGUGGAUUUUUAACGGACCAUGGGAGGACUCUUGUAUAUAAUUUAGAUCCUUUUUACGGAGGGUAUUACAGCUUAUCUGGAACAGCAGAAAUGUCUUUAGCAUAUAAAGUAAUGAACACAGUGUUUGAUGCCUCAGAUUUACCAUUGAAAAUGGCUGCUGUAAGCAGAUGCUUUAGAGCAGAAGUAUCCAAUCUUGUAGAAGAAAGAGGUAUCUACAGGGUUCAUCAGUUUACGAAAGUCGAGAUGUUUAUCUGUUCGAAACAUGAGGAGUCUGAAAAACAAUUCCAAGAACUUCAAGAUAUUGAAGAAGAUUUAUUUUCCUCUCUCAAUUUACAUUUUAAAGUACUUGAUAUGCCACCUCACGAGUUGGGAGCGCCAGCAUAUAGGAAAGUUGAUAUGGAAGGUUGGAUGCCAGGAAGAGAACUAUAUGGAGAACUAUCUAGCUGCAGUAAUUGUACCGAUUAUCAAUCACGGCGACUUGGCAUUAAAUACAAGGCGGAAAAUGGAGAACUCUUACAUGUCCAUACUUUAAAUGGAACUGCUUGUGCUAUACCUCGCAUGUUGAUCGCACUUUGCGAAACAUACCAAACGAAACAUAGCCGUAUCCGUGUUCCUGAAGUUUUAAUUCCUUACAUGAAGGGAAAGGACCUUAUUAAGAAGCAGCCCGUUGCAAGCUCGAGACCUUAUAAAUAUAAAUCUGAUUAAAACAACUGUUUCUUUCUUUUGAAUUGUUCGUAUUUAAAAUCACGUUUUGUAACUGGAACGUUGUAAUGAUAAUCUACUAAAUGAAUUAAAUGUAGGAAAU